UUCAAGCUCAAUCAUGGCGGCCUCCAUAAACACACUCCUGCAAAAUCUCAACAAUGGUUCUGACCUGCUUUCUUCCCUUCAGGGGAUCAAAGUGGUUCUCCAGACCACCCAUCCUUCAGAGCUUAAAGAACUGCUCAAGAAUGUAUCAUUUGAUCCUGUAUUUUCAUGCCUGAAUUCCACUAACAGGAAUGAGCUCGAAUUGAGCCGGGACAUCCUAACCACUCUGCUAGAUAAUGUGGAUGUGGAGGUGUUGCUAGCCCAGUUCAGAGACGAACUGUGUAUGGGAUUGGGUCACCCACAGGAGGACAUCAAGACUCUCUGUCUCAAACAGAUCAAGAGAGCCGCAAAUGAGCCCUCUGGUUUGCACAUUCUCCUCUCCGACGUGGACCUCCUCUCGCUCGUCAUCUCAAAGGUCGGUGAUGACAGCCUUGCUGUAGCCAAGAUCGCCAUGGCAGUGCUGCAGGUCACUGGGUCAGAUGUCAAAGGUCAGGGGUUACUCUUUGGAGGUCAACAUCUUGAGGGCUUGAAGAGUGUAGCAGGGAAGAAUGACACCAUUCGUUACAGGGUUUUUGAGAUCAUAGUCCACAUUGCAGCCUCAUCUCCAUCAGCUCUUGAGCAUGCAGUUUCCUCUGGCUUUCUUCAAGAUCUUGUCUCUGACAUCAACACCGACGACGUCCUCAUCCAACUCAAUGCCAUCGAGAUGCUCGCCAACUUAACAGUAUCCCAGCAUGCCCUACACUUCCUUGACCAGCAAGGCGUCAUGGGAAGGUUAGAGAACCUCCUGAUUGGUGCCCAGGCCGACCCUUCCCAGGACUUCCUUAUCCCUCCUAUCGUCAAGUUCUUCGGUACCGUGGCUCACUUUGAUCCCAAGGAGGUCACCGAGAAACACAGCUCCUUCCUCAGAAUCACCUUUGACCUUCUAUCCUCCGGGGACCCCGCCUUAGCUUGUAUUGCCGUGGAAACGGUGGGAUUUGUUGGACGGAGAGUGGAAGGAAAGCAGACCCUUGAUAAGCAAGGACAAUCCAUGGCAGAUGCUCUGAAACAGAUUGGAAGGUUACUGGUUCAACCCCCGACUGAGACAAGAACGAGAGCGUUGACAGCCGCCCAAGAUUUAUUCACUCUUCAGGAAGAGCAUCAGAUGGAUGACCUACUCAGCAUGCAGGAGAGGUGGUUCACCCACCUGUCACCCAAACCCCUUGACCUCCUCCUCUCACUCUGCAAGCAACCCUUCACCGAGAUCCGACUCAACGCCCUGCUGAUCCUACGUGCCCUGGUCAGCCAACCCUGGGCCGGACGGAUCCUCAACCAGGAGGCGGGGUUCCUGGAGUACCUCCUCGACAGGAGCACAGAACCCGACAAGGAGGGCAAGGAGACCAAGUACGCGGUGGUCAAGGCUCUGGCUGAAGUCUCAUCAACGGGAGACACCUUUGGUAGACCCGCUCUGUUGAGAUUGAAGGAAUACGUGAGAGAUGGGCCAUUCUAUGUAAGGGUACAGUCUGAAGUAGCCAUGGAGAGCGGAUCGUGAGAAAAGAACUUUCGUUGUCAAAAUCCUCAAAAAGCUGUCGGUCGUAUAGGCCUGUUUUGUCAGUGCAUGCGUGGUAAUGAAAUUUUGUGUGAAAAAGGAGCCAUGUGAUGGACCUAUCCUUCGAUUUUGAACAUUUCAAGCAAUAUCUGUACCAUAAUUUCUCCUACCAGUAAACAAUAGAACAGAGGGCAGAUGCUACAUCUUUGCGUGACAUAUUAUGGUCUGGUCAUGUGGACAAUUCAUUUCUAAGUUCAUAAAUGCAGAAACUUUUUGGAAAGAAAAUUAACAAACAUUGUUCUUCAAGAAAAUGCUGUCCUUUUGGAAUGAGUCAUUUCAGUCAUACAUCAAAGUGAUAUGUAAUAUGAAUUCAUUGUUUUUCCAAUUGGACCAUGGCAGGAAAAGAUUGUCCCAGACUCCCAAAAAACAAUGCUGAAUGUGUUUUUAGUUAUGAGCAGGUUGUGAAACAAUCAUAGAGAAUUAAAAUUAUGUGACACUUGGUUUAAUACAAUGUGUCACUGUUUUGAAGAAAUGCCA